UAGGGCCCCGCACCUCAGCAAAAAAAUGGUAAUUCUAGGGAAUAACUCCGCUAGGCCACCCUCCGAAAAAGUACUGUUUAUCAGUGUUGUCAAUUGGUAGGUAUGUGUUUACCCUCCAAACUAGGUAUGUCACUUACACAAAACCGGGGAAAUAAGUGAAAUUAGCGUAUCUAUUGGUAGUAUAUAUACAUAGGGUAAACAACUGCAUGGACUAGCUCAACACACCGACGGUCACGGAUGGACACCCUCCGAAAAAGUACUUAUAACGCAUCCUGACACCGGAGGUGGGCAUCAGUCGUGGCUUGUUGUUGGUGAAGAACGGAGCUAAAGACCUCUACUCUCCUUUCGAAGAAUGCAACCAAUUGCCAAGGGAAUGCAAGCCAUUGCCUUUUUGUAGUAUUCCAAGAGUGAGCUGGAAAUGGGCAUUGAAGCUUGGUAAGAAGCUUCAAUAGAUAAGUCUGUUGAUUAAUUCUUGUAAGACAAGAUUAUCCAAAAUGGCGGUAACUUGUGUUAUGAAACAAGUUGAGGAGCGCCAUGUUGCCAAUGAAAUCACAAAAUGCAUCUGGUCACCAAAAAUGGAUUUAGUGGCUAUUGCCAAUGUCCAAGGUCAAGUAGCCAUGCAUCGUUUGUCAUGGCAGAGAGUUUGGCUCAUCAGCUCACGAGGAGAAAACAUAAAAGUGACAGGAUUAGCUUGGAGACCUGACAGUAAGAUUCUUGCUGUUGGAUAUUCAUCAGGAGAAGUGGUACUCGUUGAUAUUGAAGAUAGUAACCCUGUUCACAAUUUGAAUGUAAAUGCCGAAGUAACUUCUCUCACUUGGGCACAGCACAUAUCAAAAGAUGACACCAAAGAUGAGACAUUGUGUGAGGAUAACUCCGAAGUCUACUUACCUCCUCUAGCUUCACUCACCAAAACUUAUUCUCCCAAUACCAUUGAAGACCGUGAUGAGGGGUGGCAAGAUGGUCAUCUUUUGAAAGAUCAGACAUCUCUAACUCUUCUCACUGUUGCAACAGCUGAUGCAUCUGUCUACAUAUAUGCUUUUGGACUCUUUCACUGUGCCACUGUUGACUUAAGGGACUCUGUCCCUGGAGCAGGUCGUGUGAUUGAUGCCACUCCUUCUCAUGACCUGCAUAUAAUCAGUUGUGUUGCAGAAUGUGACAACAACGGUGAAAAAUCAAUUAUUCAUGUUACUGUAGAAACAAUGAUUCUUGCUUGUCGACACAAAGAACUUCAAGCGCUUGCCUACAGAUAUGGCAAAAUUUAUGGUCUCAUGAUGUAUGCAUCACAGACAAUUACUCUGCUGACUGAGGCAUGGGAAAACAUAUUAUUGGAGCUUGAUGGAAAAUUAUCAAAGUAUGCAAGCACAGUUCCAGCAGGUGGUGUUUCUGCUGAUUUUUUAGAUUUACUAGUGUUUGGUCUCUCAUCUCCUGAAUUUGAUAUAUUCCUAUCAAAUCAGCUAACCGAGAAGGGUUUGAAAAAACUGGGUCAUUCAAUAGAAUUAAGUUAUUCAAAUAUCCAGAAGUUGGUCCUGCGAAAUGUUCAGUCUGUUGGCCAAGCACUAGUUUUUCAGUUAAGUGCUCUUGUAGGAUUAGCUCGAGACUAUGACCAUUUUGGGAUGUUGGGUGUUCAAGAAGAUGUAGUUAUUAAUGCAAUAAGAGAAACAGGCUCAUUCGUGUUAAAAGCUGUUGAAUUACAACAAGUUAUUGAUGGUUCAAUGAAUACUUUUAAGUCUUUCCUUCGUUGGCUGUACGUAGUUGUUCAGAGAAUUCGUGGGGAAGCAGUACCAGAUGAAAUAAGUCGUAUGACACAACAGGAUUUAACUUACAUUACAGAAUUCCUUCAUGAUACUCUUGAAGAUACAACCAUAGGUCCAGACGGAGAAAAGCAAACCAAAUUCAGAUUAGAACGUGUAGGUCAGUACCUGAAAGAUGAACCACUGUCUUGCCCUCCUGAUUCUGGGCGCAACCCAUGGGUUCAGUUUUUAGAGAAACAUCCACAGUUGGCUAACCAUCCCGUCAUAUUUCCUCACAAUAAAGAGCGUUCUCUGUUGCAGGAACACAAUAGUCUUGUACAGGUACUAGAAAAUAUGGCUGGACAGCCAGAACAUGUUAUAAGUGGAGCAGUUAAUAUUGUCUCUUGGGUACCUUUCAUGAAUGUUACAACAAAUGGAUUGAUAAAUGUAAGUCAAAUAAGCUGUUCACGUACAAAUGCUAUGUAUACUGUUGUGUUACCAGGACCACAACAGUCCUUAAUGUAUUUGGCUAGAUGGUCAACUUUAACUGAACACCUUGCACAGUCAGUUGAUAUUCCUGGUCCUGCUCACCAUGUAGAAGCUGUUCCAUUUGUAUUUUCACGUUUAGAAGGGGUGAGAGGAUGCUCUGCUGAUCAACCUGGUACACCAUUACCUUUACUGAAGGUGAUCGGGGCUCAGUUUUAUACAGAGGAAACUUUAUCAGUAUUAGCUCAAGAUCCAGGUGACCCAAAGGCAUCUAUAUUCAUCCAAUUGUGGAUGGUAGCUGCUUGUGGAGAGCUCCAGCCUUUAGCCUUGUAUGGGGGAAGAAGCUUGGCUGAUGCAGGCAUCACACCAAGGGAUGCAAGCACACUGGUUGAUGCAAGUGGCUAUCGACGGCUUGAAGUUGGUACUUUGUCAACAUUGGCAGUGUCUGGGUCUCGAAAAGUUGCCCUUCUCUUGUCAGAAAAUAGGAGAAGAGUUAGACUUUUUGAAAUGGAAGUAGAAGAGGAUGAUGAUGAUGAAGAUGAGGAAGACACAGCUCAGCACGAGUCCAUCAUGAAUGCAUCUGGUGCCUCAGAUGAUCCUGUUGAUAAUGUGUGAUGAUAGAAAAUUAUUUUAGCCUUUGUUAUAUCAUCAGAUGCAUUCAUACAGGAGAUUGACCUGCUGUUUAACUUAUGUUAUAAUGUACGAUGGUUAAAGUUUAAGUCAAG